AUGUCCUUCUCCAAUCUGGUUUCUGAUCUCGCCUUCCGGGACUCGAAUCCCGACGAACGCGGUUCACAGAUAUCCCAUGCUCCAUCUCGCACGGCUCGAUCAUACGCAAGCACGAAUGCAACCAGUGUUAGCAUCUCUGGCGAUAUCUCCAGUCAACUCCAUGCUGGAUAUAGUCACCCGUUGAGCCGGUCAUGGCAGGCAGAGAGACAAUUGACCAAGGAUAUGCUAAUCUACCCCCUCUUCAUUACCGAUAACCCAGACGAGGAGACACCCAUCCCCGCUCUGCCGAAUCAACACCGCCGAGGUGUGAACCGACUGGUCCCCUUCCUCGCUCCCCUUGUGCGCAAGGGACUUAGGUCAGUUAUGCUUUUUGGUGUUCCGUUACACCCGUCAGCAAAGGAUGCGCUUGGUACAGCCGCGGAUGAUCCAGCUGGUCCCGUCAUCCAGGCAAUUCGGCUUCUACGAUCCCGACUCCCCCAGCUCUACAUUACGACAGAUGUUUGUCUUUGCGAGUACACUUCCCACGGGCACUGUGGUAUACUGAGAGAAGACGGCACAUUAGAUAAUGCCCAGUCUGUUGACCGGAUCUCCGACGUCGCCCUCGCCUACGCCGUCGCAGGUGCUCAUUGUGUCGCCCCAUCAGACAUGAACGAUGGUAGAGUUCGAGGAAUCAAAUUGAAGCUGAUCGAGGCUGGUCUAGCUCACCGGGUGCUUCUAAUGUCCUACAGUGCCAAGUUUAGUGGUUGUCUCUACGGGCCGUUCCGUGACGCUGCUGGUUCAGUCCCUUCAUUCGGAGACCGUCAAUGCUACCAGCUGCCCCCCGGUGGUCGAGGCCUGGCUCGUCGAGCUAUUCAGCGAGACAUGGCCGAGGGUGCUGAUAUUAUCAUGGUCAAGCCUGCCAGCAGCUACCUGGAUAUUAUUCGGGAUGCUAAAGAGCUUGCUGAGGACCUUCCUGUGGCAGCAUAUCAAGUCAGCGGCGAAUAUGCCAUGAUUCAUGCAGGAGCUAAAGCGGGCGUUUUUGACCUGAAGGCCAUGGUUCUCGAAAGCACGCAAGGGAUCUUGAGAGCGGGCGCUGGGAUUUUAUUGACAUAUUUCGUGCCGGAGCUUUUAGACUGGCUCUGA